GACGCUCCCUCGAUUAUCGCGCUGUCUCGUCCGGGGAAAAACGGACAUCACUCCUCCUUCUCCUUUUCUUCAAUUCACCCUUCCGGGGCUUUUCAUUCAUGGGAAACACGCCGUCGGCAGAGGCGCCUCGAAAGGCAACUCAGAAGCUAUCCAAACCUCGAGCAGCCAGCCAUGGAGCGGUGCCCAGGCCACGAAACCUCACAGGAGCCGCUGCUUCCAGCAGCACCCGGAUCUCCGAGUCCUAUCUCGCCGCUUCAAUACCCUUCUCCUCUAGAAAUUCGCAGUGCGUCGCUGGAGGCGGCAAUGUAGCGCCGGAGCCCUAUGUCGAAAGGCUAUAUGAGCCUUCUCGGCGCCUGUCUCGACGAGAAUCCGAAUACAUGCGCAGCCCCGUUCUACCCGAGUCUCCCAAAACAGACUCGAGGUCUCACUCCUUUCAUGCAACUUCCGCAGCAAGCAAUCGCCGGCACAGGAGCUCCGUGAUACAGGAUGAUGCAGAGCGGCCCCUUGCUCGGACGCAGAGGUUGUUGGCAUGGCAAUCGAAUGGAAAGGUGUAGGUCGAUGCAGACGGAGUUGAUUCAGCUGUACUCU